GUCAUCGCUCGUUCGUUCAGAAGUUCGCAGUUCCGAAGAGAGCAGAUGGGAAGUCGUGUGGCAGCAGCAGCAGCAGCAAAAGUGGUGCCGUGACGGGUCCAGGAUUUUUCCUCCAAUUCUUGUCCCUGUUCCGGGCGGAAGGGAAUUGGUGUGCUGUGUGUGUGUGUGUGCGCGCGCGGGGGGAGAAGUGGUCGUUGUCGGAACGGGGAGGGUGUGGUGAAAAAUCAGCCGAAAAAGUUGUUUUCUUUCUUCCUUCGUCGCGCUGCUGCUUUUCUGAUUUGCGGGGAAUUGCGUUUUUGUGGUUCCGUUCCGUUCGAGAAGAAGAAAAGUAGCUGGCUGAAGCGAAUGAAGUGCAGGCUGGUUGUUGUUCCUGAGGAACCUGCGCCGCCGACUGUGGCAAUCGCGGCACCAAUGGUCAGAGCGAGGAGACGGAAGCGACCGGAACCUGCCCCAGAACGAGGACGACGACGACGACGUAGAAGCGGAGUGCGCGGAGGGGGAGAUAGUGAUUGGAACUAAACGGGAACAGACGAGAGCACACGGACAGGACGAUGGACGUCGCGAAGCUGUUUACCGACCUCGAGUCGAACAAUAUGACCCUGGUGGACGACGCCAAGAAGCGGUUCUCGGAGCUGUUCGGAAACACCCGCGAAUCCUGGCUGCCGCACAGCAUGAUGGACUACUUUGGCCAGACGUCGUCGGUGCGCAUCGUCGACAUCCUGGUCAAGGUCCAGCCGCCGCACGACAAGUUCAUCCUGGACAAGCUGGCCGAGUGGAUCCGCAGCGGCGGCAACAAGAUGCUCGCCCUCACCCUGUUUGGCCACAUCAUCCAGAAGCGGCCGACGUGGCUGCACAAGGUCGGCAACCAUCUGCUGGUGAAGGAGGUGCUGAAGCUGUCCAAGCUGGAGAAGGAGAUUAUUCCGCUGAUCAACGCGGUGCUGUGCAUAAUCGACCUGCUGCCGGUGAUCCCGGUGGUGAUGGGUGGGUUCGUGCACGAUCUGUUUGAGAUCUUCAACUAUCUGGCGACGUUCGAUCGGAACACGUCGGUGAGUUUGCCGGAGGAUCAGCUGAUUCAUCUGCAGUUUGGGCUGUACGAGUUGUUCAACCGGUUGUACGGGAUGUAUCCGUGUAACUUUGUGACUUUUUUGAAGCGCGAGUAUCGGGGGGACAAACAGGCCGUGUUUCAGCACACGGUGAAGCCGCUGUUGGACACGGUCAAGAUUCAUCCGCGGUUGGUUUCGUCGGACGCGGAGAGCGAGACGAGUUUGCAGCGCUGGCAGAGCAUGGAACCGCACGAUGUGGUGAACGAGUGUGCGCGGAUGUCGUUGGAAUAUCUGGACAAGCCGCAGGAGACGCAGCUGAGUGGAGUUGGUGGUGGUGGUGGUGGGGAGUGUCCGUGCUACGCAACGCCGAUUAAGCCGAUUGAGUUUAGUGCGACUGCGGUGACGACGACGACGGUUGAUUUCCAGUGGAAGUCCAGCGUGAACUACUUCAACACGAUCUCCACCGAUCAGAAGCUGAGUACGAUAGCGGCGCAGAACUCGUUCUGGUCCCCGAGUAACAUGAUGCAACCGACGCCUCCGCCGGGUCCGGGAACGGUUCCGCACACGCCAAAUCCAACGCCGAGCUUUCCGAUUCCGUUGAUAUCGGGCCCGUUGUUGCCGGCGGCUGACGGAGCUUCGCCACCGGAAGCGGCCGUCGAGGCAACGCCGGAAACCACACCGAUGAAGGACAUUGUGCGGCCAGUUCGACCGUAUCCGGUCAACUCGAGUGCGGUCCGUGCCAUGUGGAACACGAGCCAGCCGUCGUCGCCGAUCAAGAAGGAACCGGCCGCGGGUGGGAACCACUUUAGCUACGAGAAGAGUGUCAUCACGUCCCAGAAGCUGCUGCGUAUGGUCAACGAUCGGAACCACUCGGUGAUGCAGCUGUCGAAUGUGGCACCAUCGACCACGACGGCGGCCACCAGCACCAGUAACAGCGUGCCGUCGAGUCCGCUGCCGAUCGAUGGGCCGGCGUUCGAAAUGAACCGAGUUACGGCGUUGGUUUCGAAUUUGAAGCUGACGCCGGAAGGUGGUGCGCGGUACGAUUCACCCCAGGCCGACGUUACCCAGGAGGACCAGGAGGUGAAUGACAUCAACAGUCACCUGCUGCAGGAACAACUGCUUCAACAGCCCCAGACGCAGCAUCUGCACUCUUCGUCGCUGCCGGUGCAUCAUCCGAUGAAGGAGGCAGGCUUUGAGGCGGAAGAUUUCGAGCAGGAGGAAGGUUCGCCCUGUUCCGCCGGUGGGUUGCACUUUAAGAACUCUCAGUCGAUGAUCACCUUCACGAGGAACCGGUACCGCUUGCACAGUCAGUGUUUGGUGGAUUCGGAUCCGAGCUACAGUACCGGAACGUCCCCGGCGGACACGAGUGGAUACAUGCCGAAGAAUGGGGUGGUUCGGAAUGGGGGCUGUAUCGGAGGUGCUUCGACGGAAAGUGCGUUCCGGAGGCAUCUGCGGAGGCACUCGUUGCCGGAUUUGAAAAAGUACAGCCUGCGGGUUGACCCGAAGACGUUGGCCGGGGAACGGCAGGAUCUGACGCUGGUCGAGACCAACGGGGACGACAGCAGUAGUGGAAGUAGUCCGUCGGAGGAGGAGGCCAUCUCGGCGGCCACGCACUUUCACAAGAAGCAAGAGCAAAAGACUGAAGAACACAUCCGGCGGAACUUGGCGCUGUUCCAGGAGAUUCGUAAAAAUCUGACCAACGUCGGUUCGGCGUGUCAGCGGGUGAGUCAGAACGGGACCGUUCCUGUGGCCGGUCAUCAGUUAGUCAGUAGCGGCACGCAAACAAUCGAAAGCUACCCGCAGCCGUACGAGCAGAUUGUGUACGGAAUUCUGCAGGAGGAGCUCAAGUACAAGUCGGACGCGAUGAAACGCUUGCAGGAGCGGCAAAACGAGUCCGGGAACAAACUCGAGCCGAACGUGAUGCUCGACCGGUACAUUGAGUUGUGCGUGAAGAAGCGCAUCGACGGUGGGGAUCCGCGCCGGGUCGAGGAACUGUAUCGGGACCAUAUAACGCUGUUGAACCUGCAGCUGCAGUACGAGAAGCACCGGCGGGAGAUUCACGCCGAGCGUAAUCGCCGUCUGCUCGGCAAGAGUCGGACCAUCCGCGGGCUGGAACAGAACAACGAGACGCUCAAGGACCAGGUGGCGCGACUCACGAAGGAGAUUAGCUCGCUGAACACGGAACUGGCCACUCUGCGGCGGAAGGCCAACGCCGAUUGGACUAAAAACGCGACCGAGGUCAUCGAGCUGAAGGAACGACACGCGGCGGAGAUCCGCCGGAACAAAGAUCUGCAGGUCAGGAUCGAGGAACUCGAGGUGGCCCUGGCCGACGAGACGAAACUGCGCAAAGAGCAGACCCUUGCAAUCGAACAGGCCCGCGGCGAGUUGUUUGACGUGCAGAACGAAAUGCAUCAGGCGCUGUACAAGGCGGAUCUUGGGCAGCAGUACCGAGACGAACUGACGCGACUUCAGUGCGAGCUCAUACUGAUGGGCGAGAUUCAGCUCAAGUGCAAGGAACGGCUGGCCGAGCUGGACAACAUGAAGGCCCGGGAUGCCGAGGUGGCCAUGAUUCAGGAGACUUACAUGGAGGAGGUUAAAGAGCUACGGUUCAACUUGGAGAUGAAGUCGGCCCAGCUGGAUUCGACCCGCGAACGAAUGGCCGAGCUGGAGCAGCAGCUUACGAAGCGGGACGAAACAAUCACCUACCAGAAGCGGAUGCUCAAAACGGUCAAGGAAGAACACAAGGAGCAGUUCAACGCUCUGGAGCGCAAAUACCACGCACAAAAGGCGAUCGUCGUCAAGAUGGAGGAAGUGAUCCUGGAGCUGCGGGUGAAUGCUGCCGCACGGUCUCCCGACUCCGAUCGGACGGAUGCCGUCGGCUCGUUGGACCACGCGUCGCCGCUGUCGAUUUCGCUGGCCUCCAGCGAGGGAUUGUCCGAGAUUCGGAACCUGGCGCUGGUUGCCCAGGGCGGCAGCAAUCUCAACAGCGGCACGCACCAGCAUGAUUCGCUCAUGGAUUCGAACCUGCCAACGCCGAUGGGGGGAGUUCCGCCGCCGUUGCCGCUGGACGCCAGACCGCCACUGCCACCGGACGAGUUUCCCGGGCCCUCGAAGCGGCUAUGAGAGGCACACGGGGAAAUAGUACGUUUCGUUUGCGAGCUUUCUCGAAAAGAGAGAGUUGUCUAUUGUUUGUUGAAUGCGUUGUAACACACACCUUGAUUUAUUGUGAGCUUGAGGGAAACCAAAAAAUCUCCUCGCCAAAUGUUGCAACUUCAAAUCGUGUAAAAAUAAAGGUAGCAGUCUUUCUAAAUUCCCGAAAAUAAAAGUGAAUAAACGGUAACAAUUAGUUUCGAUUGUUUGUUUCUUUGCUUAGAAAAAAGCGGUAAAGCUUUUGAGCUUGAGUUUGGGAAGUUGAAAAUAUCGCAAAAGACUGUUGUUCUGUUGUUGAUCGGCGUGGCCUGGUUUGCUGCGUGCGAUCUAGUGUCUAGCUCAACGAACAAAUAUGAUCGCUUUAAACGAAGAUGUAGAAAAAAAAAGCAAUUUCAAAAUUGUACAUGAAUAAAUGAAACAGAACAGCAGAACGGAAGUUAAUUUGUUGAUUAUCACGAUUUAAAGAAAAUUAGAAAACCAAUUGGAAUGCUCCGAAAACAGGACCGGUAACGUGCAGAUUAGAAGAGGAAAGAAAUAAAAACAAAAGCUAUUGUAAAUAGCGAACGCUACUACCUACUAAAUAACUACUAUUAAUAACCAAAUAAAAAAAGAAUAUUUAACUACAAAAACACACUAUUGCUAAAACUAAAACAAAUCCGAUCUGGAAAAACUGCUACACACAAUAACUUUUGAAAUGAACCAGAAAAAGUGCAGAUUUUAAACUGGAAAUAAUCUUGGAAAGGACACAAUAAACGGCGGGGUGGAGUCUGUUGAUAA